AUGUUGGUCAACGCGGAGUUGAAGGGCUACGUGGUGGUACUCUGCAAUUGCCUUGUGGCAUUCCUACCAAGUCCGCAAGUCGAGGGCGGCUAUACCAUCAAGGGUGCGAAGUCGCUGAUCGAGGACGUGCUACUGGCGCUCGGGCUGCAGACAGCGAUGCCCUCAGUCGGCCAGGGGACGAAGAGCGCGGUUAAGGGGGAGGGCGACGACGAGCUUUGGAAGGCAGCAGGCCACGGCGCGUACAGGAUGCGCGUGGGGAAGUCGUUCUCACUGCCACGCCACGGGGUUGACAGGCAGCACGGAGUUGAAGUGCUUAGCCGCGCGGCGGCGCAAAUUCAGAACACAAAAGUGCAGGCGCUUGGAUUGGCGUCGCUGAUCGGCGAGUGGCACGAGAGCGUGACGCCCGCCUUUGGAAACGACAUCAGCACCGCACUCCAGAUCGCGAAGAGGAGAGGGCCAAGCAGUAUGAAACACAUCGGGAUAAGGUUCUUGGCUUUGCAGGAGUGGCGCGAGCAGAACCGCCUGGAGUUCCAAAAUAUUCACACGGACAACAGCGAAGCAGACAUACUGUCGAAGCCGAUGACCCAAGAGAAGUUCGUGAAGUUCUCCCGCAGCGUAGGUGUGGCCGGGUUGUCGGAGCACCUGCAUGCUGUUGACCUGUUGCCGGCAUCGUUGUCGAUACAGCUGGUCGAGCAGCUGGACCGCGUGGACUCCGUGCGGUGCGACGGCAGCUUGGUUUGUCGCACGUCCAGCGCGUGGUAUUCCAGGCUCGUGAUGGCAGCCGGUCCGGCGAUGAUCUUCGCCACCCGGGCGGUGAGUUUCCAGGACACGGCGCCAGGCGCGGGCGCCUUGGCGGAGCUGGGAGACUUGGGCCGCUCCGCCAGCCGGCUGCUCGGCGGGUGGGCGGAGAUGGCCGCCGACGCGGCCGCGGAGUUCUGCGUCGAGGCCGACUCGGGAGACGCCAAGUCAGCUCCGGGGAAGGGGCCCGAGCUGCUGGAGAGGCUGGACGCGCUGCGGUUGAGCCUGCGGUGUGCCCCCGCGACGCCGCAGGCGGCGGGCGAGGACGUGGAGGUCUUCGACGCCCUGCUUGGCGCCAGCGACGACGAGGGCGAGGCCUGCGAGUGCAAGGGCCCGUGGGACGCCCAGGAACAGGGGGAGCUGUCCACGCAGGACGGACGCGUCCUCGGACCGCAGCCACAGCUUCGGGAGCCCUGCGGACACGGGGUCGCCGAUAUGCCGCCGCUGGAGCCUCCAGACCUCAUCGCCUUGGACGGCCCGGCGGAUCUCCUCUCCUUCGAGCCCGUCCCGCGCGAGCCACAGGGCCUCUGGCUCGCCGCGGGAGAGGCGGGAGCCCUGAGCCUGCCGUGA